UUCUGGUCACAACUGUCCUGCUUGGUGGUGGACCAGAUGAUAACAUGGGCCGUGGAGGUAUACUACACGUACUCACCAUCCCUCUACUGCUGGUGGUGACGACGACGACGGUGGUGAUGGCCUCGACCAAUAGUCAACAGGAGAAGGAUGACGUUAGUGCUGAUGUCUUCCUCCCCCUCCAGGACCCUGUAGAAGUCGACCUCCUCCCCCUCCAGGACCCUGUAGAAGUCGACCUCCUCCUCCUACCAGCAGAGAGUCAUCAGAUUUUCGUAGUGGCUGACGAAGACCUCCACACCGCCGCUACAGGAUACCAGGACGACCACAAAGGCCACAAAGGCUACCACACCUACAAGGGCCAGAAGCACUACAAGGAUGGCCAUCGCGACAAGGCAGGGUCCAAGGGUCACAAGGGCUACAAGCAGGACUCAGGCUACAAGGGCAGUGACUAUGGCGACCAUUCAAAGGCUAAGUCUGGCGGUUACCAAGGAGACGGAGGCAAGCAGUACCAGGGAGGAGGAGAUAAACACGGGUAUUACGCUAAGGAGGAGGAGGCUGGUGAGGGUGUGAGGGGCGGUCACUACGGCUCUCAAGGAAGCUACAACAAGGGAUAUAGAGAUAAGUAUUACUUAUCAAAGAAAACGGGAGCAGCAACACCAAAAAACACCCAUAACUAUGAUAAUAUUCCUCCGGGUGGCGUCCUGCAGGGUCACCAGAGGGAGCAACACGCGGAGGAGUACCACGUCGACAACAAACACUUCGACGACAGCGCCAGCAGGCACCACCACAGCGCCUUCGACGAUAUUGAGGCCUACUUCAACUCCCACAAGGGCCAGGACUACAAGGGCCGCCACUACAAGGGCGGACAGCACCACGAGCAACACGGCAAGAAGGGCCACUUUAACAAGGGCAAGUACAACGACGACCAUCAGGGCCACAAGGACCAAUAUGGCGACAAGGACCACUAUGGCACUAAGAGCUCCUAUGGCGAUAUUGGCGGACACAAGGGCCACAGUGGGCAUAAAGGCCAUGGCCACGAUAACUAUAGACACAGCAGUAAUUACGGAGACAGUGACAGUUACAGUGAUGGUGGCAGUCAUGGUAGAGGCUACGGACAUGAUGGUAACAGUCAUGGUGGCGGCUACGGACAUGAUGGUGGCUGCGGUCAUGGUGGCGGCUACGGACAUGAUGGUAACAGUCAUGGUGGCGGCUACGGACAUGAAGGUGGCAGUCAUGGUGGCGGCUACGGACAUGAUGGUGGCAGUCAUGGUGGCGGCUACGGACAUGAUGGUAACAGUCAUGGUAGAGGCUACGGUCAUGGUGGCGGCUACGGUCAUGGUGGAAGCAGCUAUGGUCGUAGGUAAUGAGAGAGGCCAAAUAACUAAACAAGAUCAUCCAUGUUUUUUCGUAUUAAUUAUUUAUAUAUUAACAUUACCUAAACAUCAGUGGUUGUCACAGCUUAAGGCGGUGUUGAGGCUCGCUGAGUGGUGUUACCCAGAGGUGAUACAGCCUCUGGGUUGAGUGAGACAUUGUUACUUCCUCCCUGACACACGUUGUUCUGCUGGGGUAGGGAUCUGUGAGGCCUUUUAACGGGUCAUCUUCGGGUAUAAAGACACCCAUUGAAAACCAUCACGACCUAAAGAUGACAACAGAGACAUGCUCAGGUCUACAAGACACUCAGACAUACGGUAAUUGUUAUGAAUACACCCAUGGACUCAACCUUUCUCUUAUUGUGUAUACUAUUUCAUGUUUUAUUUCUGUA